UGGAACUCCCGUUGCUAGGGACCUGCAUCAAGCAGCUCCGAGGUGAAACGUAGCUUUAAGAAGAAAGGAUAGGAAAGCUCUCGCCUCUUCUUGAUUGCUUCAUCUUCCAUCUCACAAUUCUCGGCGAGUGACUUUGCGUCGACAUUUUACAAACAAUCCUCAUUGAGAUCAAUUGAUUCGAUCUUGAUAACAUCAUCGACCAUGUUGUCGCUGCGCCGCGUCUUCGCUGGCGCCCUGCUGCUCCUCGGAGUCAGCAUGGUGUUCUUCGCCUCAACCGCCGAAGCCGCCAAGGGCCCCAAGAUCACCCACAAGGUCUACUUCGACAUCACCAUUGGCGACGAGCCCGCUGGCCGUAUCGUCAUGGGUCUCUACGGCAAGACCGUCCCCCAGACCACUGAGAACUUCCGUGCUCUGGCUACCGGCGAGAAGGGUUUCGGUUACGAGGGCUCCUCUUUCCACAGAGUCAUCAAGCAGUUCAUGAUUCAGGGUGGUGACUUCACUAAGGGUGAUGGCACCGGUGUCUACGGUGACCGCUUCCCCGACGAGAACUUCAAGCUCAAGCACACCAAGAAGGGCCUCCUCUCCAUGGCAAACGCUGGCAAGGACACCAACGGCUCCCAGUUCUUCAUCACCACCGUUGUCACCUCUUGGCUCGAUGGCCGCCACGUCGUCUUCGGCGAGGUUCUUGAGGGCUAUGAGAUCGUUGAGAAGAUUGAGCAGGCCCCCACCAAGCCCGGUGACAAGCCUGCCAAGGAGGUCAAGAUCGCCAAGAGCGGCGAGUUGGAGGUUCCUGCCGAAGGUAUUCACGUGGAGCUCUAAAUAUCCUACACGUCUCUGAGAAGGUUCCAUCCCGGGUUUUCUUCUCGUGAUGCUACCAUGUCAACAUAGCUGAUUCGACCUGUCUCCCUAGAUGCUAUUUAUGGUAGUGCCGAAUGGGCAGCAGGAUUCGCUAGCGAGGAGGCUGCCAACCCAUUUACUGAGAGUGAGAUUGCAGCUGCCG